GUUGGGUAAUUUACUUCCGACAAGUGAGAGUAGCAAUAAAUGCUUGAUCAUCGGUGAAAUAAGGCUUCUAUUAAAAUCUAAACAGAAACAUUGCUAAGAUAAUAACGGUCAGAGAGAGGAAACUGUAACACAGACUCCAAAGCUCAAUGAUUGGUUUUGUAAGUAAUUCUCUUAAUGCAUCGUCUCUCUUGACUUCUUCAAAUGGACACAGCUCAAAAUUCAACCAACAUCUCGUGCCAACUACGCUACCCAUCUUUCAAAACCCAAAACAAAAUAAAAAUGUAAGACAUUGGAAAAAAAGUUUCCAUAAUUAAAAAAAGGCUCUGCUAGGGUUUUGUAUUUUUCCUUGCUACUACCUUACUACAUGGCGGCCGGCCGAUCACGGCAAGCCAUUACAGGUCAUUUGCUGAUUUGGUUUCUGCAGUGCCACAACUACUUCCAGAGAUAGAGGUUCCUUUUCGCUAGCCAAAAAUCAUAGAUGGUGAUCUAUGUUUCUUGUUCUCUGCAGAAGAGAUGGAAAAAACGGCAUAACUUUUCUGGUUUUCUAUAGUAUUAAAGUUUGUUCAACAGGGGCCUUCGUUAGAUUUCAUUCAAGCCUUUAUCUGUUGUCGAUGGGGUCUUUCCAGUGUUCCUAUGGUUUUGACUAUGCAAAGUCCACAACAUGUUUUCAUCCGGUUGACGAAUGAAUCAGACUUCAACAAGGCUUUAUCUCGAGAGUCAUGCGAGGUGAACUGUGUGCCAUAUCAACCGUUUGCCUGGAUGCCAGACUUUGACGAAAAGUUUGAAACCCCGUGUGUUCCGGUUUGGAUGUUCCUUCCCCCAACUUCUUUCACUCGUUGGUUUUAAAGCUUCUCACAGCACCCAUUGGUAGAUUUAUUUGAAGAGACAACCCUAUGAAGUGUGCAACUAGAAUUGAUGGUGCUCGUGUGUGCCAGAGAUUGAUUCAUCUAAAGAACCUAUCAACUAUUUUUGGAUUGGUAAACCAGUGGUGCACCGGAGUAGGAGGCAAGAGAUAAUUUACGAAACCCUUCCUGCAUAUUGUAUCUCAUGCAAACUUCAAGGUCAUAAUACAAAAACCUGUAGAUUUGGAAAGGAUGCCCAAAAAAAGCAAUUGAAGGGAGGGAAGGUUUGGGUUAAUAGAAGAGUGAGGAUUGCUUCAGGUACACUGGAAGAAGAGGGUGAAUUGGUUGAGAAGGGAGAUGCGGCUCUGGAACCUCUAUUGGUUGAGAAGAAGGCUGUGAAAUCUGUUGGUGAUAUGGUAGAGUUGCACGACUCCAAGGAAGGUGAUUCGGAAAAACAUUCAGAGGAACUGGUGGUUGUUUCAAGGAAUCCCAUGCAAGUUCAACCAGAGACGAUGGUAGCAUCUACUUGUUCUUUCGAUGCAGGGGAAAUAAACCAAGUGAUAGGCCAGCUGGAGUGAAUGAAGUGAGUGCAGGAGUUGCGCCUUUAGUGCUUGUAGAACGCAUUAUUGACAAUGUAAGCCGUGGGUGCAAGGUGCAAGACGUGGGUGUAGGUGAUACUAGUGCUGGGCUUAUGUCCAUAAUAUUAGCUGAAGAAAAUAAUGCAAGCACUUGUGUUGAGCCAGCAGUCCCUGUGCCUGAUGCACUUACAGUGCCUGAAUACACGGUCGAGGAAGUGGAUCAGGUGGGGCCUAAUUUGCACUAUCAAGUGGAGCAAGCCGUGAUUGAGCAUAUCAAUUCUGCUAUUCAUGAUGACGCUGGGGACAAGGUCUUGAGCCUAAAUCCCAAGGAAGUUCACUCCGAAAAUGAACUUGAGAGAGACAAGAUAAAAACAGACAUGCAAAAGGACUAUAGUAGAGAUUCAGAAAUUCCAAGCAUGAUAGUCGGCAAUUUUCAAAAGAGGAGUUCUACCAGGGUGGUAAUACGCCUAUCAAACUUAAUCUAUGAUUAGUCCUAUUAUUUUUUGGAAUAUUCUGAGAGUGAGAACAUCUCAGUUGCGAUUUAGGAAAAUUAUUAAAAAAUACAGGCCCAAUAUUUUAGCUUUGGCUUAGCCUUUUUUGUUGGAAGAUAAAAUUCCAAAUUUUUUGAACCAGUUUAGUUGUGAGUCCUUUAUUACUAAUGAAGCGAUGGGAGGAAAAAUCUAGCUAUUUUGGAACUCGGUUGUUUCUAUUCAUUGGUUGGCUGGGUCUAAUCAAUUUGUGACGGUGAAAGUAGAGGAGAAUGGGCAAGUUUUUAUUCUGACCAUUGUGUAUGCCAAGUGCAAUCACAUAGAAAGAAGAACUCUUUGGGCGGAUCUGGAAUCUACUGGCAAUAAUAAUCUCCCUUGGCAUCUUUAUAGUGAUUUCAACAUUAUCAAAGAUGAUUCAGAAAGAAGAGGCAGGCAUCCCCGACCGUUUGCUGCAAUGGAAGAGUUUAAUCUGUGCACUCAAUCUUGUGGACUACUGGAUAUGUGCUCUAAAGAUGACUUGGAGCAAUGGCCAAGGCGGACUGGCUCGGAGUUGGGCAAGGUGAUGAUGGUCUGCCAAGCAACUUAAGAGGCCUCCUUUGCAUGGAUAAAAUUGGUAUCCAUUAUGUACGAAUUUUGUAGUGCCUUUCCUGGUAAGAUGCAUUUGGUUUUUGUUUUGCUCAUUUCUUAAUAUGCAUGUAGUUUCUCUGUCUCUGUUUUGUUUUGCAGGUUCUUUGUUUAGUUCUUCUAUUUGGGUGUUGUUUUCCCCUUUUGGGCAUAUUGUAUUAUGGUUUGGAGGUUUAGGGCCUUUCUUUUCGAUGCUUGGGUUUGGUUUUAUAGGAUUAUUUGUACACCCCCAAGUAUCUAAGGUUGUAACCACUAUUUUCCU